AUGGGUAUCGACGAGAAGCAAGUGGUUGUGAUAAUGGGGUGUUCCAUCGGAGGUAUAGGCCACGCACUGGCCCUCGAGUUCGCCGCCCGGGACUUCCUCGUGGUGGCGACUGCGUGUUCGCUCUCCUCCGUCUCCGGCCUAUAGAGAGACCCUAGGUUCUUCCUUCAAGAGCUCGACGUGUCCUCCGACAAGAGCGCCCGCCAUGCUCUCUCCACCGUUCUGAAGAAGUUCGAGCGCAUUGAUGUGGUGGUGAACAACGCUGGAGUCCCGUGCGUGGUGCCCCUCGCUGAAGUGCCACUGUCCGCCAUUGAACAGACCUUCAAUACCAAUGUUUAUGGUGCAUUAAGGCUGAUUCAAGCUGUAGUACCUCACAUGGCAUCCAGGAAGAAGGGCAAAUCCGUUAAUGUUGGAAGCAUAACGACUUUGGCUCCUUUGCCAUGGGCAGGUGCUUAUAUUGCAUCCAAAGCUUUUCUACAUGCAUUUAUUGAUACUCUCACGGGUGUCUGA